GUUCAGAUCCCAGACCUAGCCCAUAAUUAAAUUCUAAAAUGGGCCGAGAGUUUGAGAGACGGACGCGUAUGAGACUGAGGAUCAAACUUCAAAGACGACAAAUGGUGUUGCCGUGACGAUUGAGUAUUGAAGAGACAGAGAAUGGCAGCUGCUCUCACCAAGAAAUCCCUCUUCCUCGUUACCGGACCUCCGGGGGUGGGCAAAACCACUCUGAUCAUGACAUUGGUAGAGGCUCUGAAACUCUCUAGACCUAACUUGAACGUUCGGGGAUUCUACACCCGUACUCUUUCUCUCUCUGUCUCUCUCCCCCCUUUUUAUUUUGCAGUUUGCUUACUUCUGAGUUUUCAUUUUGCGGUUUGCUUACUUCUGAGUUGGUCAACAAUGGAUUUCAAUUCCAUUUUGAUCAGGCCAGAGUCGUCUGGAUGGCCAACUGUUGGCAAGUACAAAGUCGACGUCUCAUCCUUCGAGUCUCUCGCAUUGCCCGAGCUGCAGGUGAGGGAAAAUACCGAUCUUUUCAUUAUAGACGAAGUUGGCAAGAUGGAGUUGUUUAGUUCACAUUUCUUCCCAGGUGUGUUGAGGGUUCUGGAAUCGAACAUCCCGGUUGUGGCUUCAAUUCCUGUUCCAAAGUUCGGUCGUGAUAUUCCUGCAGUUGAAAGGUUGAGGGGUCAACCGGGUGCUACGAUUUUCUCGUUAAGCCACAGCAAUCGGGAUGCUCUAAAAGAAGAAAUCUAUACCCAAUUGCUACAAGCAUUAGAUGUUUCAAGGCAGUGAGAUUUGGGUUCAUGGUGGAGUUGCUCUCAGGCUUUUAAGGUGUUGCAUAUAGUUCUUUUGGUUCUAGAAUUAUAGUUCGAAACAGAAUUAGAAAUUCAUAUCCCUUGUAGCAUACUCUGUCAUAUCCGCUUGCAAGCAUACUCUGUCAUAUCCGCUUGCAGCAUUUGUGAACAUUUAGAAAGCUCCUAAUUCUAGCCAGGGAUUUGUGUUGCCUUCUAGUUUGCUCUCUUCC